GUAUGUGACCCAAGAAAGGGGGCAGAGCCAGCGCACAAACAAAACGUAGCCUGGUGCGUCGGGCUGUCUCCACUCUCGUAGUAUCCAGCGUUUGCCCCCCCUCAUCGAAAACGGCUUUGACAGAAGACUGUGAUGACGCCAGCGCGCAUGGGCUGCUGGAAACAAGAGAUGCUCUGGUCACGCUGCUUAAACGGAGAAGCCAAGCACCUGUGAGCAGCCAGCCAGCUCCACAUCCAAGGGAAGCUUUGAUUACGCGUGCGUCCCCCCCAUGGACCACAUCAGAGAGGAGCUGUGCGCUUUGUGCUCCGUCUCUCUUCUCCUGGUACCCUUGCGUUUUUUACAGGCAAUCCUGCCCCAUCUGCAGCUCUGUGAACUUUAAAAACGAAGGAUUUGAUCAGUGCCAAAAGUGAAGAUGUCCACGGCGUUCAGUGGCUCCCCGGCACCUAAUCAAAGCUACCUUUCCACAACCAGCUAUGACACGCCAGAGCCCACGGGGAUGGAGCGGCAGAGUCGCCUGCUGCUGUUCGGUUUGUGCGUAACUAUCGCCGCUGCUACUUUGGUCGGAGGGCUGUAUUCGCUGCUCACUUUGCUCCGGAUGAGGAACAAGACCUCCCUGUGUGUCAUUGUCGCGUCCAUGUCCGUGGACGACCUGCUGAGCGUGGUGCCCCUCUCCCUGUUCCUGCUCUUGCAGUGGGAGAGCGGGGCGGAGGAACUAGGGUCCGGCAGCCUUUGCACUUUGUCCGGACUUCUGUACGUGUUCCAGGGGGUUUCCAGCAACAUGAAGGCUUGCCUCAUAGCAGCGCACACUUUUUAUGUGACCAAGAGGUUUGGAGUUCUUCAGUCCGUGCGCCGGCCGCUCAGGGUGAUGUGGGCUGUCGCCGCGGUGUGGGUGCUCAGCCUGACGGUCAGCGUGCCGCCUCUGUGCGGAUGGGGCAGCUUUACGCCGGCCCGUCUCGGUUGUUUCCCGGGCAGCGACAGCUUCUACACCCUCCUGCUCUUCUCCGUGUAUGCCUUGUGCUUUGGCGGCUUGCUGUUUUUCUUCAUCCCGCUCACGUACCAGCUGCUGUGCUCCACGGAGCUCCAAAGGACUUUGCUGUAUCCCACUUACUUGGACAUGACGAGGGGACUGAGCGGCUCCGCGCCUCUCUGCGAUCUGCAGUCGUUUCCCGGCGACAGCUUCGACAAAACUUUCGGUGCAUACAGCGAGCUGAGCCCCAGUUCGUGCGGGACAGAGGUCAGAGGGAAGGGGGACAGCAGCGGGCUGUCCCCGGGCUCUGUGGGCGGAGAAAGCGCAGCCGCAGUCGGGGAUACCCCUGUGGUUUUUGCGCAAAAGCGCUUCUCAAUGAUUCUGGCACUUGUUCGGGUGGUUUUAUGGAUGCCUAUGAUGACUUUGGUGCUCAUGCGCCAUGCCGUAACCGCACGCAGCUCUUCCCUGGAGACUUUGAGCUUUUUUCUCACUCUGCUGGCCCCUGCGGUCACUCCACUGUUUGUGCUUUCCGAGCGCUGGAUCCACAUGCCAUGUGGCUGCUUCAUUAACUGCAAGCGGGACUCAAGGCAGGAACCCUCAGUGAUAAAAAGAAGACUCGAGUUCAACUUAUCCUUCCAACAAGGUUAUGGAGUGUACAAGCUGUCGCAUGUCACCAAGUGUCAUGGCAGCCCUCUUAUGGAUAAGCCCGCUUAUCACAGCCUGUUUAACUGUGACUUCACUAACACCCGCCUUGAUGCACUAGACAACAGCGGGCUCUCCAAACUUGGCCCCGAUUUUGAUUUCAGCACCGCCUGUCAAGUGGACAGCUCUUCACACGCAGGCCUCCUUUUGGAGUCUGUGGCAGGUGAAGGGGAGGCGCUGGUUAAGAGUCCUCCUCAUCCUCACGAGAACCACAAGGAUAUCAAUGAACUUCGCUGUGUCCUUUCACUGCCUUCUAAUCAAAAGGACCAUCAUCUCACUGACACCUCAUCAGUGUUUGAUGCUCCAGAGAGGAGGCUGUCGCACGAGGAGUGUCGGAAAAUCGAGCUGACAGACUGGGAGUGGUGCAGGAGUAAAUCAGAGAGGACACCCAGACAGCGGUCAUCAGGUGGGCUGUCCAUUCCUCUAUGUGCCUUUCAAGGAACUGUGUCUCUGCAAGCACCUACAGGCAAAACACUCUCUCUGUCCACCUACGAGGUCAGCAGCGAUGGGCUCAAAAUCUCUCCAAACAAUGCCAAGAAGGUGGAAGUGUAUCGCUCCAAGUCUGUUGGCCACGAACCCAGUGCAGACGACACAGCGCCUGGAGGCCAGGCUGCAGAUGUGAACGUCAGCUGCGUGGGCAUGGAGAUGGGGAUAGGGGCUGGGGUUGGCGACACCAACGUCAAGAUCCACCUUGAAGUCCUGGAAAUUUGUGACAACGAAGAAGCCAUGGACAGCGUCUCCAUCAUUUCCAACAUCAGCCAGUCAUCCACUCAUGCCCGUUCACCGUCGCUGCGUUACUCCAGAAGGGAGAACCGCUUUGUCUCCUGUGACCUGGGUGAGACAGCGUCCUACUCCCUGCUCAUCCCCAGUGCUGGAAGCACAGAAGCAGAGACCAUCAAUAUCAGCAUACCUGACACUGUGGAAGCCCACCGGCAGAACAGCCAGCGGCAGACACUGGAGAGCUCAGGGUAUCAUGAGGAUAUACAGUUGCUUAAUGAGGCUUACAGAAAGCAGGCAGGGGAGGGGGAAGAGUGACUUGCCCACAUUAAAAGGGGCGGUGCUCUCUGGAGGACGUUGGUAGAGCCUACCAGACAAUAUAAUUUGCGAGAAAAAUAAGCUACUUACUCAACUUUUACUUCUCUCCCAUCACUGCUGUAAUCGAGCUGACAGGUGACCCGAAUAGAGACUCAUCUGAAGACUUGUACUAGUCUGUUUGCUUGCACUUCCUGUUCAGGAAACACGAUGAGAAUGCACGCACCGUGCACUCAGAGAGAACAGAUGCCACAAAACUGGGUUAGAGUACAAAGACGGAAAGGGCAGGAGUUCAUCAGUAUUCCAGUCAGGAAGUUUACCAUAUGGCUGCCUGUCAUCAUGGGAGAAAUACAGAAUGAGAAAAAUCCACUUAGAUGCUAAAAAGGAGGGGCAGAGGGCUGAUCACAUCUCUGAUAUGGAGGAGAGCUCCUGAGGUGUUCGUCACGGAUGACGUUUACAGCAGGCUCUGUGGUGGGGAGGGGUCUCCUGACCCGUGUGUGUGUGACUCAUUCAAGUGUGCGUUGUGCAUGAGGAUGAGACGAUCUGCUGUGAUGCCAGUCAGCCACCACAAGUGUUUAGUAGAUGUGAAAAAAAAACAGAUUGAAAGAUUUGUUGACAUGAAAAGUCUGAGGAGAAAUGUGAAAAGGCGACCGAAGGCGAUUCUCAUGAAGAGCAGGAUUUCAGCCUUAGACACGCUCAUUGCAAUUCCAAUGAGUGACUGUGCAUAUUUGAUUUAGGCAAGCAGCACAUGAAUGUAUAUUACAGAGCCACUUUGGGGAUCAUUCUCUGCUCGUUCAAUGCAGUUUUCAUGCAAUCAUUAAGUCACCAGGACCUCCUGCUUUCAACAUGGACACAUUCCUCUUAUAGCUUUGUGUUAUGAAGCAUUAUGAAGGUCAAAAUUGAAACUUUAUUCUCUUAGAUUAUAUCUAUUUAUGUAUUUAUGUGAAACAAAAAGCAUUCAAAUUAUACUAUAGGCUAAUUUUCAGAUGAAUUUUGUUUGUUCUGUCAUAGUUACCGUCCUUCGUGUUUUAGCUACAUCUAUUCUGCGUGAACUUACUAUAAUUUAGCAACAUUUUUAAUUGUCCUGCAGUACUUUGGCUGUAUUAGCCUCAUAUUUUAAACUUUACUAGAAAAUUCCUCUAACAGUGUUAAAUUCAUAUUUUAUGUGUUCCAGGACAUGUGUCACCUGUUAAAUUUUGCCAAAGGUUGUUAGAUGAGUAAUAUGUCACCUCUGCAGGCAAACAGAGAGAAACACUUCCAUUACCUGCAGCACAGAUUCUGGUCAAAAAAUGUGCAUAAAAACAUAUCCAAGACGCUGUUAUUGUGUUAUUAUUUCAUGAGUUAGGACUUAUAAAGCUGCGGCACUCAUAUUAAAUGUUCAAAUGGGAUUCCUUAUUACAGAAAACAAUAGAAAAUUAAGCAGCAGAAUUAGCUUCUUUGGAGCUUGACCUUGAUAGUAUUCAGCAUAAUUGGAUGUUAUGUCCUUUGGAUAUAUUCAGUAUGACUAACCCGAGCUGCAUGGUGCUCUUGUUGUGCUCAAAGCAUUUUAAAUCAAUGGGGAAAUGAAAUGUAUGUUUUUGUUUUUUUAGAAAGUUUUAAAACCACUGAAUUUAGUUCAUGUACAGUAAGCUAAAAAGGCAUUAUUGUGGGACAAAAUGACAGGAUAAAAAUUUAAUUGGUGAUAAAUGUUGCAUGAUAAAGUUACAGCUUCCAGAGAUUUGAAUCAGCAGUUUAACCUCUUUAAUAGAGUUUCUCUAGUAUUUCUAAUCUUUGUAUGUGGAGAAACCGAGAAAAAAAUAUAUUUUACUGGAAAAAGUCAUGCACAAGUGAUUGUGGAGAACCCAAAGGCAGGAUACAGAAAAGAAGCUUGAUGGAAGCAUAAAAUAAUUAAUACAUGCAUGGCACAAAAAAAAAAAAACUGAAAGCAACAAGAGAGAGGAUCUAAAAUGAAAGACCUCAAAGCCCUGUAUAACAGACAAACCAAACCGAGAGGCGGCUGUGCUGAUUACAAACUCAAAGUGAUCACUGGAGAGAAACCAAACCUAAAUAACUAAAUUAGAUGAGUUGAACAGUGGUGUAGCAGUUAGCAUGUUCUCCCUUAGAGUUUUCUCCAGGUAAAUUGACCUCCUUCCACAGUCCACAAAAACAUGUUUUAUAGAUUUAUUGAUAAAGGUAAAUUGUCCCUUAAGAUAAGAGUUUGUAUGUGGCCUAGCAGUGUACCGGUGAACUUUAAGGUUCUCCUCCCUGAGGUAGAUAUAGGCUCUAGCAACUCGUGUGACCCAGCACAAUGCUGAGCAGGAUUCAAAACUGGAUGAACUGAAAUGUUAAUCUAGAAACAGGUUGUUGUUUUUUUAAGGGAUUUAAAGGGACAAAACUUCACAAAACAUAUACAUUCCAGUGGAAAUGUUGCCUGACUGACAUAUUUCUGACACAUUUUUGGAUCUUUACUGAAACAGUACAGAAAUUAAUGGCCUUUAAAUAUAAAAACUAUUUUCUUUAAAAAAAAAUACCCCCCCCAAGCUUUUUUAAACGUUUGUUUUUUAUUAAUUAAAAAAAUCACACUAUUUUUCUUAACGUGUCACGUUCAAAAAGUUCUUUAAAUGUUUUGCUCUUCAAACUAUGAGAUUGACUUAAAAAAAGGAUUUUUUAUGUACAAUUGAUUGAGGUUGUCAUUGUUGUCUGUCUGAGCUUUGUAUUUACUUCUACAGUCUUUUGAAGUUUAAUUCAUAGUAAUUCAUACAUUUAGAUUGAUUUUUGUUUUUUGAAAACAGUCAGAAAAUGUUUCAAAAAGGCCCUUAGUAGUUGUCUUUCAAUAGGAAAAAUGAUGUAUUUCAGGGAUUUGUCCAUCAGUGUGUGAUUAUCAAGAAAUAACCACUUUACAUAGGCUGCUUGUGUAAAAAAUAACAUGCUGCAUAAAUGUCUGUUUAUUGUCUAGAAGCAGAAUAUAGAAGGGUUUAGAGAACUUUGAAAUAAAGCAUGGAUGUCUUCCAUCUAA